CUCGGUUCCUAAUUAACAAGCGCAAUUCUGAUAAUUUGAAACCCCCAAUUUGGAAACCCUCGUCUCUUCCAUCGCUCCAUCAUCUCCUCCGACACUGCAUCGGCGGACUUCUGCACCCACCAACCGUCACUCUGGCCCUAGUGUAGGGGGCCGUCAAAUUUAUCAGGGCUUCAAGACCAUCUGGAAAUUGAUGUUCACGGCUGUGAGAUGGCUAAUCCUCAGAACGUUGAGCUGGAAGCAGCCAAGUUUCUGCAUAAACUCAUCCAGGAGUCUAAAGACGAGCCUUCCAAAUUGGCUACAAAGCUUUAUGUGAUUUUGCAGCACAUGAGGUCUAGUGGGAAAGAAAAUUCCAUGCCUUAUCAAGUCAUAUCGAGGGCAAUGGAAACAGUAAUCAAAGAACACAAUCUUGAUAUCGAAACUUUAAUGUCGUCACGCCUGCCUCUGGCAGCUGGAACUCAAGUUGGAGAUACUGCUGCAUCGCAGCAAUUAGCUGGAUCUUCUCAGCGGGUUGGGACUGCUAAAGACUCUAAAUCUGGAAAUGAGAUCGAAACACCGGAGACAUAUGCAUCAACUAGGACACCUAGCGGUCCAGUAAGUGGUGGGCAAGACAUGUAUCAAGGUUCUACAGCUCAUAUAGGUGGUGUUGGUGUCAAGGUUCAUGGGGUUCCACCGGGUGCUCCGGGUUCUUAUUUAACAGCAGACUCAACAAAUCGGAUGCAGUUUGGUAACUCUUCAUUCGAUGGCCAGGGUCUUGCUGCCAAGAUGUCCAAGGACAGAAGUGUGGAAGCCUUUGGUGAUCAUUCUGCUGGAAAAAUAGCUGGAAAGACAUUGGACCAUGGUGGAUCUAGUCUAGUAACAAAUGCAAAUAUGAGUUCUUUUCAGGCCAGUCUUGCAGAGCAAAACUUGACCAGAACUGCUGGUUCUAGGGAUACUGGGAAAUCUCCAGCUCCUCAGGCUUCCAAUGCAGGCCUUCCAUUUAAGGAACAACAGUUGAAACAACUGAGAGCGCAGUGCCUUGUCUUUUUGGCUUUUAGAAAUGGUUUGAUGCCGAAGAAACUUCAUCUUGAAAUUGCUCUUGGAGACAUAUAUUCUAAAGAAGAUGGGACCCGUAGAGAUCUCCUUGACCAGAAAGGGAAGGAGCAACUAGUUCAUGAUGCAAGCAAUGUCCCAGAAGCCCCAAGGUCAAUUGAGAGGCCGGAUAGCAGCAAGUGUAACCCCCCUCUCUUGGAUUCUAACACAACAAAAGAAGCUGAUUCUAUGAAGUUUCCAGAUGAGAGAAUUAGUCAACCUGCUGUUCCAGUUGAAAAUGAUCAGGACAGGAAUUGUUCACUGUCAAGAGGGAAACCAGAUAUUGAAGUUACAAGAGAGGAUGCUAUAGAAUCACAUGCAUCUGCACAAAGAGAAACACAUGAUUCAAGUAUAAAGGAAUCAUAUAGCUGUGAUCAUGAGGAUGAUUUGGCGAACCACCGCCAGCGCAAAUGCAUAUCCUCUGCAGUUAUAACCCCUUUUGAACAAUCAAUGCUUGAGGAUAGUGGCACUGCAUACGAUGACUACUAA